CUUUCAGUUUUCUCAUUCGUUCGGUGCAGUUGGCAAGUUUCCUGACUGCGGUACAUUCGCUGUCUUGGGUACCAAUUUCUGAAACGUGGAUAUUGUCUCCGGAUAAAAAAACGGUUCUACUUUGUCCUCGAAUUUAGGGGUGUUGUUGUGUUUCCGGUUUUGGAGUUUCCUGUUUCGUUAAUUUUGAAAAGUUUAUAUUUGAAUUUGUAUUUUUUUUAAAUAGUUAAACAAGCUUUUCGACACCAUGGAUACUACCCUGACAGCCAAGCAGAUCCGGAACGUUUUUCUGGACUUUUUCAAGGAGAAGGAGCAUCUAUACGUGCACUCGUCAUCUACGAUUCCGCUGGACGACCCAACGCUUUUGUUUGCCAAUGCUGGAAUGAACCAAUUUAAGCCGAUUUUCCUGGGGACGGUUGAUCCGAACAGCGAUAUGUCCAAGUGGGUCCGGACGGCCAACACGCAGAAGUGCAUCCGUGCUGGAGGUAAACAUAACGAUCUGGACGAUGUCGGCAAGGACGUGUAUCAUCAUACGUUCUUUGAGAUGUUAGGGAAUUGGUCCUUCGGGGAUUACUUUAAGAAAGAAAUCUGCACCUGGGCGUGGGAGUUGUUGACUGAUAGGCUGAAGCUUCCUAAGGAGCGGUUAUAUGUAACGUAUUUCGGGGGACAUCCGGAGGCUGGAUUGGAACCGGAUCUAGAGUGUCGCGAAAUCUGGCUGAAGCUUGGAGUAAAGGAGGAACACAUCCUGCCCGGAAGUAUGAAGGAUAACUUCUGGGAAAUGGGUGAGACUGGACCCUGUGGUCCAUGUUCUGAGCUGCAUUUCGACCGUAUUGGCGGUAGAAGUGUCCCAGAGCUGGUCAACAUGGAUGAUCCAGAUGUUCUGGAAAUUUGGAAUCUUGUGUUUAUUCAGUACAAUCGAGAACAGGAUAGUUCUCUCAAGCUACUUCCCAAGAAACACAUUGAUUGUGGCAUGGGAUUUGAGAGAUUAGUCUCGGUCAUUCAAGAUAAACGCUCCAACUACGACACCGAUGUGUUUGUUCCUAUAUUCGAUGCCAUUCAGAAAGGAACAGGCGCUCCAGGUUAUCAGGGUCGUGUUGGGGCAGAUGAUGUCGAUGGAAUCGAUAUGGCCUACAGAGUUCUCGCCGAUCAUGCUCGUACUAUUACUAUUGCUCUGGCUGAUGGAGGUUUCCCAGAUAACACCGGUCGAGGAUACGUUUUGCGUCGUAUUCUUCGACGUGCCGUGCGUUAUGGAACGGAAAAGUUGAACGCUAAACCCGGUUUCUUUGCCACGCUUGUAGACACGGUAGUUUCCCUACUCGGCGAUACUUUCCCCGAAGUCAAGAAGGAUCCUCAACACAUCAAGAACAUUAUCAACGAAGAGGAACAGCAAUUCUUGAAAACGCUUACCCGUGGUCGCAAUCUUCUAAACCGUACGAUCGCCAAACUUGGUGAUAGCAAAACCAUUCCUGGAGAUGUUGCUUGGCGUCUAUACGAUACCUAUGGUUUCCCAAUCGAUCUUACCCAGCUGAUGGCCGAAGAAAAACACAUGGUCAUCGAUAUGGAGGGUUACGAGAAGGCGAAACAUCAGUCCUAUAUCCUAUCCCAGGGCAAGGAAAAAACCAAGGUUGCUACCGUCGACUUGGAUGUGCAUGCCAUUUCGGAGCUGCAGGAAAAGAAGUUCCCUACCACGAACGAUUCCUUCAAGUAUCGUUACACCGCGGACACGGAACCGAUGGCCGAAUAUAAAUUUGAGCCCUGCGACGGCAAGGUGCUGGCCCUGCGCUACAACAACGCUUUCGUUGAGGAGGUUCAAGCCGGGCAGGAGUGUGGCGUGAUUCUGGACAAAACUAACUUCUACGCGGAAAGCGGCGGUCAAAUUUACGAUCAGGGUUAUUUGGUAAAGGUCAACGACGAAAGUACCGAAUUCAACGUCAAUCUGGUUUACAAUCGUGGUGGCUACAUCCUGCACAUCGGAGUCGUCGAGGGAAUUUUGCGUGUCGGUGAUGAAGUGCACUGCCACAUGGACACGGUGCGACGUCAGUUGACCAUGAAGAACCAUUCGGCCACCCAUGCAUUGAACCAUUCGCUGCUGCAGGUUCUCGGACAGGAUACUGAUCAGCGUGGAUCUUUGGUGGUGCCGGAGAAGUUGCGAUUCGAUUUCACCAACAAAGCCGCCAUGACCGUCGAACAAGUUGCUGAAGCCGAGCGGUUGACCCGGGAAGUUGUUAAAAAUAAUGUCAAGGUUUACGCUAAGGAAUCAAACUUGGCCGUUGCCAAGUCCAUUCGUGGGCUGCGUUCCGUUUUCGACGAAGUCUAUCCGGAUCCGGUUCGAGUAAUUGCAUUCGGAGUCCCGGUUGAGGAAUUGGAAGCAAACCCAACGGGAGAGGCUGGAGUUAAAAAUUCGGUAGAAUUCUGUGGCGGUACUCAUCUACAGCAGUCCGGUCAUAUGUGGGACUUUGUGAUCACCACCGAGGAAGCUAUCGCCAAAGGCAUUCGGCGAAUCGUUGCUCUUACUGGACCGGAAGCUUUGAAGGCUAUCAAAAAGACCGAACUGUUGGAAAAUGAAUUGAACCUGUUGAAGGCUACGAUUGAGGCUGAUAAAACCGCAAAAGAUUCGAAGGAACAUGUCAAGAAAAUUAUCGAACUUAACGAAGAUGUUUCACAAGCCGUUAUUCCUUACGUGAAAAAGGAUGAAAUUCGCAAUGUUUUGAAAACGUUGAAGAAAACCUUGGACGACAAGGAGCGAACAGCCCGUGCAGCAGUCAGCACUCUCGUUGUCGAAAAAGCCAAGGAACUCUCGCUGGCCAACAAGGAAGCCACUUUCCUGGUUCACCGAUUGGAAGCCUUCAACAACACCAAGGCCCUCGAUGCUGCCCUCAAGGAGGUUAGGAAAAUCAAUCCGGAACAAUCGGCCCUGUUCGUUUCCUCGGAUCCGGAUUCGAAAAAGAUUUUCUGCUUGGCUUCGGUGCCUAAAUCAGCUGUCGAUAAGGGUCUCAAAGCCAACGAAUGGAUAUCGCACAUUUCACCGAGCAUGGGAGGAAAGGGGGGUGGCAAACCGGAAUCCGCCCAGGCCUCCGGCGGAAACUUCGAUAGGGUUGAAGAGAUUCUCGAACUUGCACGUACUUUUGCUGCUACGAAGCUGUCAUAAUGGGUGAUGUUUCUGUUGUAGGCGUAAUCGAAAAUGCAUUUUUUUUUUCUCCAUAAUUUGUUACGAAUUUUCUUAAAAUAAAUUAAUUUAUCAUAACGUCGAUUUAUCGCAAUGUCAUUGGUCACGCUUUGCAUCGGAAUUAUGAUUUAAAAACGAAAUAAAAUUGCUUUUUGGCAAUUGAUGAGCUUUCGAUGAA